GGUCUUUUCGCCGCAGAAACGCUUCGGACCCUCGUUGGCCACCGUAGGGCGGUGAUGGGGGAAGCGGACCAAGUUCAGCGAAGUAAGUUCAGGCGCCGGCCGGUAGAGAAGGUCCCUGGAAGUAGUCAGGUCACUAGAAGUUGUGGAAUAUAGUUUUCUGUGCUGUACAGUAGAAACCUGUCAUUUAUCCCACACAUAAUCGUUAGCAUCUGCAGAUCUCCAGCUCCUGCAUUUUGGAGGUCUCCCGGUUUGCAGCCAUUUCCCAAAGUUGGAAGAAAAUGAUCCAAGCCCAGGAAUCCCUGACAUAUGACGAUGUGGCUAUGAAGUUCACGUGGGAGGAGUGGCAGCUCCUGGCCCCGGAUCAGAAGGUCCUGUACCGGGACGUGAUGCUGGAGAACUACAGCCACCUGGUGUCUGUGGGGUAUCAAGCCAGCAAACCAGACACGCUCUCCAGGUUGGAACGAGGGGAAGAGUUGUGGACCAUAGAAGCUGAAAUCCACCGUCGAGUCCAUGCAGGUAGGUGGGUGAGAAGUUGUGCUCUGGUCAGCAGAGAAGGCGUCAGAGCCGUGACAGUCUCUGAGGAAACACGAACAACACCACCACGUACCUCUCUUCCCAGGUCAUUACCAGGUAUUGAAUAUAGUUCCCUGGGCUUCAUCGGAGGGCCUUGUUAUAUUAUAGAGCUUGAAUCUCUAGCUCCCUUUUCUCCCAGAGAAAUCAGGAAUGUGGAUGACUCUCCACAGCCUCACUUGCAAAAUCAAAGCACUCAAAAGAGUGGGGAACUUGGCUGUGAACUUAAGACGCCUGCAGCUGUCGUUGAUCAGAGCAAAAGUCAUUUACUGCUAAAGCAAAAUCAUGGUGUGUUUGACCUCAGGGAAACACUUUUAAAAUCAGAUUCAAAUUUUGAAAACCAGAACAGAAGCUGUCAAUUAAAGAGCUCUGCUGAGUUUCAUGGAGACAGGAAAUGCCUUCUCCAUGCUAACCAUGAGCAGUCUUGUCCUGAAACUAAAUUGUCCGUGUUCCAACAUGGCCGCCCCCAGGCCGCGGCGACCUGGGUGCGGACAUAUUGCCGCUCAAAGAAACGCCGGAAGGGGCCUCCGCGUUUCUUCAAACGCUUCAGGCCCUCGUCGGCCCCCGCUGGAGAACGUCAGAGGAGGAAGUUACAGGAUUUAGUAUCAGCAUUUCGGAGGACACGCUUGACUGAAGACGUUUCAGAACAGAAAUUCAGAGCAGAUCCAGAAGACACAAGGACAGAGCCUGCCCAUCGCCAGGAAUCCCUGACAUUUGAUGAUGUGGCCGUGGACUUCACGUGGGAGGAGUGGCAGCUCCUGGUUCCUGCCCAGAAGGCCCUGUACCGGGACGUGAUGCUGGAGAACUACAGCCACCUGGUGUCCGUGGGUUAUCAAGCCAGCACCCCAGGCGUACUUUCCGAGUUGGACCAAGAACGACCAUGGAUGAUGGAAGACGAAGUUCACUGCCAAGCCAGUUCAGAAAUCUGGAAAGUUGACGAUCACCUGCUGGAGCACUUACAAAAUGAGAGCACGGAGAAGAGACCAGAACAACGGCAUGAACACUGUCCACUGGAAAAUUCUGUUCUUCAGAGCGGAACUCAUUUUCUGUUCAGGCAAAAUCAAAUGUUUGAUUUACACAGAAAAAGUCUGAAAUCACAUUUAACUUUACUUCACCAAAGAAGGAGCUAUGAGAUGAACCCAGCUGAGGUUAUUGGAGAUGGGAAAUCCUGUCUCCAUGCCAACAGUGAACAAUUUCAUACUGAAAUUCAGUUUCCCAAAAGCCAGAAACUUAUCAGCACUAAAUCCCAAUUCAUCAGGCAUCAGAAAACUCAAAAAAUAGAGAGGCCUCACGUGUGUGGUGAAUGUGGGAAAGCUUUCAUCAAGAAGUCCUGGCUCACUGAUCAUCAGAUAAUUCACACGGGAGAGAAGCCCCAUCGAUGUAACCUGUGUGGGAAAGCCUUCUCCAGAAAGUUCAUGCUCACCGAACAUCAAAGAACCCACACAGGAGAAAAGCCUUACGAAUGCACGGAGUGUGGCAAAGCCUUUCUCAAGAAAUCAAGGCUCAAUAUCCAUCAGAAAACCCACACGGGAGAGAAACCGUAUGUGUGCAGUGACUGUGGGAAAGGCUUCAUCCAGAAGGGCAAUCUCAUUGUACAUCAGCGGAUUCACACAGGCGAGAAACCUUACAUAUGCACUGAAUGUGGAAAAGGCUUCAUCCAGAAGACAUGCCUCAUAGCCCAUCAGAGAUUUCACACAGGAAAGACUCCUUUUGUGUGUAGUCAAUGUGGAAAAUCCUGUUCCCAGAAGUCAGGUCUCAUUAAACAUCAAAGAAUUCACACAGGAGAGAAACCCUUUGAAUGCAGCGACUGUGGGAAAGCCUUCACAACAAAGCAAAAGCUCAUUGUCCAUCAAAGGACUCACACGGGAGAGAGACCCUAUAUCUGCAGUGAGUGUGGGAAAGCUUUUGCCUACAUGUCUUGCCUGGUUAAACAUAAGAGAAUACACACAAGAGAGAAACGUGGAGAUACAGUCAAGGUGGAAAAUCCUUCCACAGAGAGUCCCAGCUCCUCACAGAGUAGUGAGCCCGUGCAGGAGAAAAACGUUAAUACGGUGACAGCGCGGGUGCCUUCUGCGGCCCCUCAGACACCCGUAAACCUCAGCGAGCUCCUGGCAAACAGGAACGUAGUCCUAGUGGGACAGCCUGUGGCCAGAUGUGCACCCGCAGGAGAUAACAGAGGGUUUGCCCCGGAGAGAAGCCUUAUGAAUGCAGUGAAUGUGGUCGUGCCUUCAGUCGUCAAUUAUGUCUUAUUUUAUGUCACAGAAAACCAGUGUAGCAGCGACCUGGACGCGGACAUAUUGCCUCCCAAGGACACACCGGAAAUCCGGUCUCCGCGUUUCCUCAAACACCGCAGGUCCACUUCGGCCGCCGUAGACAGAGCCACCCCACUUCAGCUUCAUGGAGUAAAGGAACACCCCCACUACGGUCAGAGUCUUAGGCUUUUUGGCCAAAGGUAUAAAAUCUUCUGGGACACCAAGCAUUUCUGGGGACAUGCUCAAUUAAAGACAGAUUUCAGAACAGAAAUUCAAAGCAGAUCCAGGAGACACAAGGACAGAGCCUGCGCAUCGCCAGGUAUUUUCGGAGAACGGAAGGAAAUGAUCCAGGCCCAGGAAUCCCUGACAUUUGACGAUGUGGCCGUGGACUUCACGUGGGAGGAGUGGCAGCUCCUGGCGCCUGCCCAGAAGGCCCUGUACCGGGACGUGAUGCUGGAGAACUACAGCCACCUGGUGUCUGUGGGGUAUGAAGCCAGCAGGCCAGACGUACUCUCCAGGUUGGGUCAAGGAGAAGCCUGGACGAUAGAAGAUGAAGUCCCCUGUGGGACCCGUUCAGGAAUCUGGAAAGUUGACGAUCACCUGCGGGAGCACCUGCAAAAUGAGAGCACGGAGAAGAGACCAGAACGGUGGCACGAACACCGCCCACUGGAAAAUUCUGUUCUUCAGAGCAGAGCUCACUUUCUGUUCAGGAAAAAUCAUGACAUGUUUGACUUACGUGGAAAAAGCCUGAAAUCGCAUUUAACUUUUCUUCACCAGAGCAGGAGCUACGAGAUAAAGAACCCAGCUGAGGUUACUGGAGAUGGGAAAUCCUGUCUCCGUGCCAACGAUGAACCAUUUCAUACUGAAACUCAGUUCCCUGAAAGCCAGAAACUUGUCAGCACUAAGCCCCAGUGCAUCAGGCAUCAGGAAACUCAAAAAAUCAAGAAGCCUCACGUGUGCGGUGAAUGCGGGAAAGCUUUCAUCAAGAAGUCCUGGCUCACUGAUCACCAGAAUCUCCAUACGGGAGAGAAGCCCCAUCGAUGUAACCUGUGUGGGAAAGCCUUCUUCAGAAAGUUCAAGCUCACCGAACAUCAAAGAACCCACACAGGAGAAAAGCCUUACGAAUGCACGGAGUGUGGCAAAGCCUUUCUCAAGAAGUCAGGGCUCAAUGUACAUCAGAAAACCCACACGGGAGAGAAACCAUUUAUAUGCAGUGAGUGUGGAAAGGGCUUCAUCCAGAAGGGCAAUCUCAUGGUACACCUGCGGAUUCACACAGGCGAGAAACCUUACAUAUGCACUGAAUGUGGAAAAGGCUUCAGCCAGAAGACAUGCCUCACAGCCCAUCAGAGAUUUCACACGGGAACUACCCCCUUCGUGUGCGGUGAAUGCGGGAAGACGCUCUCUCAGAAGACAGGUCUCAUUAAGCACCAGCGGACUCACACAGGAGAGAAACCCUUUGAAUGCAGCGACUGCGGGAAAGCCUUUAUCGAGAAGCCCCAGCUCAUUAUACAUCAGAGAAUUCACACGGGGGAGAAACCCUAUAGCUGCAGUGAGUGUGGGAAAUCAUUCAGAGGGAAGUCAGUCCUCAACAAACAUCAGAAAACGCACGCCGUCAAGGUGGGACACCCUCCCUCGGAGAGUCACAGGUCAUCCCAGAGCAGUGUGGUGCUCCAAGAGAAAAACCUUAAUACGGUGACAGUGCAGGUGCCUUCUGUGGCCCCUCAGACACCCGUAAACCUCAGCGAGCUCCUGGCAAACAGGAACGUAGUCCUAGUGGGACAGCCUGUGGCCAGAUGUGCAACCGCAGGAGAUAACAGAGGGUUUGCCCCGGAGAGAAGCCUUAUGAAUGCAGUGAAUGUGGUGGUGCCUUCAGUUGUCAAUUAUAUUUUAUUUUAUGUCACCGAAAACCAGUAGGAAAAAAGUCAGACGGUCUAGAGGAAAGGGGUUGAGUGAAAAUUUCUAGCUCUUAUCGUGGCUGAGGAGUGUGUACUGAGAGAGGCUGUGUAAAUGCUGGGACUGGGAACGCGUGACACAUGCAUCCUGUUAAAUGUGUGCAUUGAUACAGAGGCGUAAUCUGAUGUUAACCCCAACACACACAACGUCAAUUGCUCUAUCGUGUCAAAUAAAUGAAGCCUGCGUUCAACUAAGUAGAGGAAACAAAUA